ACUCAAUUUUUGCUUUCAAUAUAGAAUUUCAAAUUUAACCAAAAUUUUGCCCCCCCUUUCUUUUACACUAAUUGUCCAAUUAUAAUGGCUGGUAGAGGAAAAACCCUAGGGUCAGGUGCUGCAAAAAAGGCUACAUCUCGUAGUAGUAAAGCGGGUCUUCAAUUUCCAGUUGGUCGUAUUGCUCGUUUCCUUAAAGCCGGUAAAUAUGCUGAACGUGUUGGUGCUGGUGCUCCGGUGUACCUUGCUGCUGUUUUGGAGUACCUUGCUGCUGAGGUUCUUGAAUUGGCUGGAAAUGCAGCAAGGGACAACAAGAAGACAAGGAUCGUGCCAAGGCAUAUUCAAUUGGCAGUGAGGAACGAUGAAGAACUGAGCAAACUGCUCGGAGAUGUGACUAUUGCUAAUGGUGGUGUGAUGCCCAACAUUCACAACCUUUUGCUUCCAAAGAAAGCUGGUGGUUCCUCCAAGCCCUCUGUUGAUGAAGAUUAAAAAGCCUUAGAAAUGGUUUCGUAGUGUAGUAACUGUAUUGAAGGGGAGUUUUGGUGUAACUGGUAAAGUUGUUGCCACGUGAUCAGGAGGUCACAAGUUUGAGCUGUGGAAAUAGCCUUUUGCAGAAAUGCAAGGUAAGAUUGUAUACAAUAGAUCCUUAUGGUCCGGCUCUUACUCGGAUCCUAUGCAUAGCGGGAGCUUAGUGCACUGGACUGCCUUUUAAUGUAGUAAUUGUAUUGUUCUUUAAUAGAGUUUUAAGGUUUUCCUAGUGUUUUCAAAGUAGUUUAGUAAGUAGGGGGGGUUAUGUUUGUUUUGUGUAUACAAAUGCUGAAGCAAUGAAUGAAAGACCAAUGUCUAUUAUUUUUUAA